AUGUCUACAACAACCACAACAACUUCCAAUCAUGAACAAGAUAUUGUCCCAAAACAAGAACCCUUUGUCUUGAUGAAUCCAUUCCAUAUCAACAUUCAAGAUGAAAAGGAAUUCGAAGAGGGAUGGCUCGAUUGUGCUCGUUUCCUCCAAACACAAGAUGGUUUUCUGAAAACAGCACUCCAUAAAGCCAUUGCACCUGAAAAAGCUCACUUUCAAUACAUGAAUUAUGCGUUAUGGGAAAAUCCAUUGAAAUUUUCAAAAGCUAUCCAGUCCAUGAAGGAACAAGGAAUUUCCAAAAAAUUGGACCAACUCGAACAUGAAUGUUUUCCAUCCUUGUAUCAAAUUCAUUUGGAAAUGUGA